AUGCUUGAAUUGAUCUUCUUCAUUGGUGCUCUAGCGUCUACUCUAGCUUUUGCUUCGGCAAGUUUGAUCAGAAUCUGCAGCACGCGAGCUAAAGUCCCGACACCAGUGAUAGUUCCAAUCCAAACCAAAGUAAAGGAAAAGAUCGACGAGAACGAGAAUGUCUCAAAAUAUCAAGCUUUGAGAAAUCUACGAGAUCAACAUGAAGUGACCGCCGCUAUGUCAAGACUAGUUGAUGAGGAUGGCGCAGGAGCUUGGCCACCAAAUGCAAAUCAUGAUUCAUGGCCCAUGGCGCUUCGGCCGUACAAAGAAAUUUACUUCCAACUCAUUCCCCUUCUUUCUGCUGCUCCACCUUCGCUAGAUGGUGAUAUAAAUAAUGAAAGACGCGAAAAAUAUCGAUCUAUGAUGCGGAAGUCGUUGAUGGAGCGGAUCAACGUUCCCCAAGUUGUGGCCAUCAUGGCUGCAGUUGAAGCUGGCAACUGGGAUAUCUUUCCCAGAGACGCAUAUAAUGGGUUUUAUUGCUGUGUUGCUGUUUUUCGUCAUGCAUACAGAUGGGCAACCAUUCCUGUGGUCAAAGUAGCACAAUUAGAGAAAAUUGUAGAGUUCCCAUCUGAACUGAACGCACUGUGGCCAUAUUUUCAGCGAAACUUCGGUGUAGACGCUGAUGCAGGAAACAAUACAUCUAAUGUCCUACUAAACUUCAAUACGAGAGGAGAAAGAAUUUAUAGGAUCAACGUCGGAAUGUCCGAUUUGAUCCGAUCAUCCGAGGAAGUCUUCUUCCAAAUGUUUUAUGAUCUUGAAGUUGUUGCUUUCCCUAUCUACCACGAAAUGGUACUCUCAAUUCUAGCUUACAACUCUUCUUCCCCCAUGGCUUGUCUCCCCCACCUUCGCACCAUGAACACACGUCUCCGCGACCUCUUCCUCGUCUUCUACGAAAAUCUCACCAAAUCCCGUUGGGGCGUGGGAAGAAUCGUCAAUGGGGAAUAUGUGAAAUAUGAUGGACGUUCUGGAAACCAUGUCUUGUUUUUCCAGGCGCUAGAUGCAUUUUUGGGAAUGGGGAGAUAUUUGACGGAUAAGAAUAUGAAGAGAUAUAUACCCGUGAGACAAAGAGAAUUGUGCUUGGUGCUAAAGAAAUAUAGUUUUGUGAGGGGAGCAAGGGAGAAGGGAGAGAGGGAGAUUGAAGAGGAGUUCGCAAAGAUGGUUAGUCAGUUGAAGUUAUUUCGUGCCGCCCAUCGUGCACGCGUAAUGUCGUAUCUCCAAGAGCCAGCCCCCCGAACGUCUAGUAAUGACAGCUGGUAAAUCUGUUCUUGAGAACUCGAAUACCAAGAGUCUGGAUGAUGCGUUGAAGCCUUUGGAUGAUAUGCUAGCGGAUAGGUUGAAAGAAACAGCGGAUGUUGGAACCAUUAGUGCUGGCGCUUGA